AUGACUGUGGAUGACGCCUACUCUUCGGCCGUGCGGCCAUUAGCUGAGGUGGUACUUUACGCUGAGUUCGAUCUCACUAAAGGAAGCACAUUGCGUGCAAGCUACCCAUUACCCUUUGUGCACUACUCUCCCGAAUUUUUUGCCGACAUAAUGUUGCCUGAAGGCGUGCACAACCGCAAGGAAGAUUUCACCAUUUUUUUCCUCAAUCGUCAGCAUCAGUCUAAGCUCAGCGAAAAUGUAGAUGAUAAAAGUCAAGAAAUUUCAAUGGUCGAUCCUUCAAAUCCGUUGCACAGCUUCAUGUACUGCCUUAGUGUGGUGCGCACUACGCACGACACGGCAGCUCGUCGUGGUGCCAAAGUGACGGCUGUAGCGCUGUGCUCGACCCAUAAAAGCUGUUUUGCACUUAAAGAUGUGCUCAAUUUAGCUGUGCUCAAAAUUGUGGGCUCAAAAAGUGAGGUCGAGAGUGAAAAUGUACUAAAAGAGCUUUUCGCCGUGAUCAAUGCAAUUGACAUUUCGGGUGUACGCAGUUUGUCCAAUAUGGAAAGACGACUCUUGAAACGCACAAUUAGUAGUACUGGACGUGCUGCAGCGAAUCAAGAGGAUGCUAAACUACAAGAAAAGGCACUUUUUUUCAAGGCACAAGCAAUCUGGGAUGAUAUUUCAAUUCCACUGCGUAUUAAAAUCUGCAGCACCGAUGAUCAACAUGACGAUGGAACGCUCACGCUGUUACUGCAAACUUUUGGCGACCAGACGAUGGUUUUGUACAAUGCUGUGCUGACGGGUCAACGCUUGAUCAUGCUGGGGUACAAUCGGCCAGCUGGAGAAGUGUGCAAUUUUGUGCUUGCAAUCAGCUCAAUGGUAUGCCCACCUUUGUUUGGGCUGAUCCAUCGCCAGUAUCCGUAUGCAAACUUGACGGAUUUGGGCUUUCUGUCGACGCCUGGGUUCAUUGCUGGUGUCACUAAUCCGAUGUUCAAGACGAAGCGAGAGUGGUGGGAUGUGCUGUGUGACAUUUCGACAGGAGAAGUAUUCGUGUCAGCGCCAGUGGAAAAGGAAGAUUAUGAUUCAUCAGAUCGCAAUUUUGUGCUUGAGGUAUUGGAUGGCGUUGCAGCAGGAUAUGAUGAAGAAUGGGUCCGCUUCAUGUUUGAAGAGUAUACGCAUAAAAACAUUGUGGACGUUGCGCUUGGAGAGACGAGCAACCUUAGUCCUGAUGCACUGGCGAAGCGAUCUGCAGCCAAUAAGAAAACUGGUGUGGAUAUAAAGCGACACAUUCAGAGUCUUCAAGGCGACAUGAUUGUCCUUGAUGACAGUCUUGUUGAGAAAAUUUACUCGGACCUCGCUACCUUACUGAACACAGAAAUGGAGUUACAAGAGUUUCUAAGCUUUCUGCCGGUAUUGCGUGGUGGCUUGCAAACGAUUGCGCAGGGUAUCUUCCACCCCUCAAUUAGCGUCAAACACAACACUGUGAUACUGCUGAAGCGUCUCGAGCAAUUUUCGUCCACUGUCGCGAGUAUGCAGCGCCUUAAUCCGUUCCUGCUCAUGUCGUAUCAGCGUAUCCAUGACAUUGUUAAUCCAGAUACUAGGGACUAA